AUGAAUUUUACAUAUUCCUCGAUUGAGAAACAAAAACUUUUAUCAGACCUGUCAAGAAAUAAAUUGGCACAUUGUGUUAAAGUUGGUUCAAGAAAGGGAUUCGAUCUUAGAAGAAUGGUUGGAAAUGCAAACUUAUUAGAUACCCUUCUCAAUAAUAUUGAACAAUUUAAUGAAUACCAAAAUCAUAUGCUUAUAAUACGCAGAACUUUGCUUUGUGGAUUAUCACCAGUAACAGGAUCUUCCAAUCAAAAAAGAAGUAUUUAUUAG